UGGCAUAGCAGGAGAUGUUACUGCUACUGAUUCACUCAUUAAUCCAGUCAGUCAGUUACAGGAGGGGUGUGUGUGUGUGUUUGUGUGGCCCAUAGUGAGGACCAAAUGUCCUGAUAAUGAUAGAAAUUCCUGACAGUUUUGACCUGGUGGCAACUUUUUGGACUUUUUUUAGUUCUCAUUAGAGGUUUCCUUGCACUCACACACACACACACACACACACACAGGCCUCCAGGUCUGUAUGACUCUCAACACACUAAAGUGCCGAUAUGAACACACAUUAUAUGCUUGGUUCUGUUGUUUAGUGUGUGUGUGUGUGUUUUCUCUGUACAGGGAGAUUGAGCCGUUUGAUCUCUUCCUCCUGUCCGGUGCACAGCAGGAGAGAGAGACACAGAGAGAGAGAGAGAGAGAGAGAGGAUGGACAGAGGGAGGAAGGGAAGGACACUCUGAGUGAACAUUUUGAUGAUGGAGGAACAAAUGCACCUUCAGCGCUACGCUAACUCUGACUCUGCUAUUACUGCUCCGUAAGAAGGACCUGAGGCUGUGAGUGUGUGUGGGAGAGAGAGAGAGAGAGAGAGUGUGUGUGUGUGUGUGUGUGUGUGAGAGAGAGAGAGAGAGAGAUGGAUCUAACACAGGAUGGUUCUGGUUGGUGUGGUGGUUGUGACAAUGAGAACAAUUCGAAUUAUUUUAAUUAUUUGGAUGACUGGACUGGACUGUCUUCAGCCUUCAGCCACUCUGAACUGGUUGCCGUGACGACUCUCUGUGUGCCACUGUUGGUACUCGGCCUGAUGGGUAAUAUUCUAACCAUCCUGGUGGUGUGGCUCCGCCCCCAGAUGAGAAGCACCACCUACUUUUACCUGAGCAGCAUGGCGGUGUCGGAUAUCAUGAUGCUGGUGCUGAUGCCCCUCGACCUGUACAAGCUGUGGUGGUACCGCCCCUGGUUUCUAGGUGACACAGUGUGUAAACUCUCUCAAUUUGUGAGCGAGUGCUGCACUUUCUCCUCCAUCCUGCACAUGACUGCGUUGGGGGCGGAGCGUUAUGUGGGCGUGUGUUUCCCACUCAGAGCCCGCCUCCUGGUGACACGGGGCCGUGUCCGUGUGCUGAUUGGUGCACUGUGGGGCGUGGCUGCCCUGAGUGCGGGCCCCGUGCUGGUGCUGGUAGGGGCGGAGCCUGUAGAAGGUAACGUGACGGAGUGCCGUGUGACUCGGUGGGCGGAGACUUCGGGCCUGAUGGUGGCCAUGUUGUGGCUCUCUAACCUGUAUUUCAUCGUCCCGCUGACGACACUCACGCUUCUCUACACGCUCAUCGCCCGCAGACUGCGCCAACGCAGACACGUCCACCGAGACCACACUCACCGCCAGACCCUGAGGAUGAUGGUGGUGAUAGUGUGUGUGUUUGUGGUGUGUUGGUUGCCCUUCCAUGUAGCUCGUACGUUGUUCUGUCUGUCUCUGAACUCCAGCGUUCAGGUUUAUUUCCUGUCUCAGUACCUGAACCUCGUUUCCUUCGUGCUGUUCUACUGCAGCGCCGCCAUCAACCCACUGCUCUACAACAUCAUGUCCUCCCGUUACCGUGACAACGUCCGCGCCCUGCUCCGCCCCCGCACCCGACCCCUGCCGGCCCCCUCCCCUUCCAGCACACACUUCUGACCAAUGAGUGUGUGUGUGUGUGUGUGUGUGUGAUGUCAUCUAAAUGGAUUCUGGGAAGAAUCUGGUACUUACCAGGAACCGAACCCCCCAGAGUACACCGCUGUGUGUAUGUGUGUGUGUUCUGUCCCCUCUGUGAGGCUCUGUCCCAGAUGCUAGUAUUUCGGCAGGUAGUGUGUGUUCAUGUGUGUGUAAUGAGGUAAAGUGUGAAGUUAAAGCUGUUAUCCAGAAAACAGCGAGCUGGAGGUCACAUGGUUUGAAGAGUACGGUGUUAAUCAGGGUAAAAUCAGUGCAGAAUGAUGAAUUGUUUAUAUAACUUCUCAGUUACUGUUAGAAUUCAUUCUCACACUAUUUUAUUAUGAAACACUAGCAUUUGGGACACACUGUGAGUCAGAAGGGAAGGAGCGGUGACUGAAAUACAGAUUUAUGAAUUUUGUUUACUCCCUCUGUGUGUUUCAGUUUUAAUAAAAGCU